AAGUGGUAAUUAAAUAAAGUAAAACUGGCAUCAUGGCGCCAUCUAAUGGCCAAACAUAAUGAACUAAUCCUAUUUUGAUUCACACCAAAAUCGAACAAAUGGUGUCAGGACAAUAGAACUAAAAUCCUUUUUUAGCUUCUUGUUUGCAAAAACACUUUAUCCAAUGUACAAAGUCCUAUAGCCAAUGGCAAUUAAACACAACCAUUAGGUAACAGAAUGAAGGUUACCAAAUUCGGUUACACUUUAUUUUAAGGUGACGUAGUUGCAUUGUACUUACUGAGUAUAAGUACUGAGUAAUAUUAACUACAUAUACUUACUAUAGGGUAAGGGUCUGAUUUAGGGUUAGUUACUUGUAAUUAUGCAUAAUUUACUGUUAUUACUAUAGUAAGUACAUGUAGUAACAUGUAACUACAUCAACAAAAUGAAGUGUUACCCCAAAUUCUUCUUUAUUUUCAGUAGUUCCUCUUUCUAAAGAACCCCUAAAAUCUCUAGUGCUACUUUCCUUGUAUGCUGAAAUAUUCAAAUAGACAUGCAGAUCCAGUGAUGGUGAGAAAGCAUCUAAAAAGAGUUGUCUUGAUUCGGUUUCAAUUUAUGUUCUGACUUUCCUCUUGUUUAGUGGUGAAUUUCUGCAGUCAGGUGGUAUUGCUUCUUUUCCAGUUACCCUUGCCUCCCUACUCUUGCAGUUCACAUCAAUGAACAGAAGGUACUCAAACCCUCCUCCCUCACCCUUUAUCUGCCCAACCCCUUCUCUUUAUUUCUCUCCUCCCUCUGUCUGCAAUGCCGCAGUAACAUCAAAAUAUUAAUGCACCACAGAGAUUGGGGGGAUGGGAUGGGGGAAUUUGAAGCAAAAAGGAUCACAUGCCACAUCUGGAGAUUUUCUUUUUGGGGGGGCAUAAACCAUAGAACCAAGUCAUUUGUACUUUCUUUGUCUCACAAACCCUCUUGCACUUGACUAAUGAGAAAUAUGAGCUAUUUGUGCUCUCAGCCAAGCAUGCAGCACUUAGGACUGACCCAGAAGUCUGCAAAUACCAUCUAAACAGCUAAUGGCAGAGUUUAAUUGCUGUUAAGUGCUAAUGAUUAGGACAAGACAUAAAUAUACACAAUGCAACUAAAGCCGGGAGCAUCAUUCUUCUGUGACUCAGCUCAUUUAUUCAAGCCAAUUCAUAAAUUUCAGGUGGCAAUGUUUCAAUAUCCAAUGCGACAUUUUACCUCUUCGGUCUUCGCACUGAAGAGUUUUAGAUUGUGAUGGUCUGUCCUUUCAAUAGAUCAUUUACCUCUUUAGGGAGCAAGAUUUAUGUUCCCUCUGAAACACUAAAUUUAGUGCAUCUAUAGUCUGUCUGAAACUGGAUUAUGUGCAGUUCUGAUGCAUUAAAAACUUGCUCAUCACCAGAGUCUCAAGCAUAUAGUGAUUUAAGUGACAAUGUAUAAUGCAUAUAUCUUUAAAAGGAAGCAGGAUUUAUGUAUUGCUGUAAAAUGUUUACGUGUUUUUCUUUGCUGAAGAUGAAAGAAAACAAGAGGCUCGUAUUCCAGAGGAGCUACGGUAAGUGUCCCUCUGGAGUGGGAUGCAGUGAAUGAGAGAGAGAGAGUGAACAGAGAUGCUGCAGACCCACUUCUGCCCUUGUUUUGUCUCAUCCGUUUAUAGAGGCACUUAAUGCAUUUCUCCUCUCCUGCAGCACUUCUUCAGGAGGAAUGCACUUAUAGUUUUAUCUCAAAUUUAAUUUAUGUGCAUAAUUUAUUGGACACUGAUGUUCUGCAGGAGUAUCUGGACUGGAGCGUAGGACUGUGUAUAUACAUCAGUUCUACUGAAGCUCUGAAUGCGAGUCAAACGACAUAGUCUGUGCUAGCUCCACCUCAGCAUCUGGUUGUGACGGUCUGGGAUUCUCAUGCUGAAGAAGAGGAACACUGAGGUGCUGAUGGACCGGGAGGUUCUGCUGGAUCUGGACUACAGCGGCGAGACCCAUGGUCCAGACAGUUAUGGAAGCCUGCAAAAUGGGGGCUUCAUCCCUCCCCGAUAUUUGAUUGCUGCAGCAAAUGAUGAUGAUGACCCCAUAUACGUUCAUUGUGAGCGGACAGCAAGCCCACCUGUUCAGCCCCCAGGCAACUACUUCAGAGAUGGCCAAACAAAAAUAGACUUUGUGCUGGUGUGGGAGGUGAAGGUGCGCCGCAAGCGUCGAAGUCGAGGACAGCCACAAGAAGAGGCGGCGGAGGAGGGAGUAGAAGCAGCACAGGAGGAGAGCAGGUCAGAGAGGAGAAAAGCUCAACUGGCCCGAUGGAGGGACAAAUUCAUCCAGAACCUUCACAGUGCUGGACUAUUGAUGGAAAAGGAGGAAUCAUCCAGUGUAAAGAAGACUAUACAUUAUCUGAAGCUCCAUGCUCCAUGGGAUGUGUUGGUGUAUUACGCUGAGGAGUUAUGUCUUAGAGCGCCUCUGCAGGCACAGCCGAACCCAGACUUCAACACUUCUGCUCGAGUUCUUCAGAAGCUCUGGGUGCCGAACAUCAUGAAAGACUCGGUCCCCAACCGUCCUGUAGACUACUAUACGUGUGCCUUCCGCAAGUCCAAAAUGGAAAAGUUUCUGGGCUCUGAUGACCGUGAAAACUACUUCACCAACACACAAAGACACCGCAUUGUAUAUGAAAUCCUAGCAAGGACUGGAUAUGGCAGGAGGAAGCGUGCAGAAGUUGGAGUCGCUCGUCUGCUGAACGAAGGGGCUUUUACGGGUGCAUUCCCUCUGCAUGAGGGCCCCUUUGAGCUCCCAGUUUGUGACAUCCAGCCUGAUCAGCUGAACAAAAGGCAAGUGCUGUACCACUAUUGGUCCAAUUGGAUAAAAUGGUAUAAGUACCAGCCUCUGGAUCACAUCCGUGAAUACUUUGGAGAGAAAAUUGCACUUUAUUUUGCAUGGUUGGGAUUUUAUACAGCCUGGCUCUUGCCUGCUGCAUUGGUUGGGACAUGCGUCUUUGUUUCGGGUAUUUUGACAAUGGGAUCCAAUACCCCAGCGAAGGAAAUCUGUGAGAGUGGAGGACUCUAUCUAAUGUGUCCACUGUGUGAAACCUGUAAACCUUGGAAUAUUUCAGACAUCUGUCCCAUGGCCAAGGUGGGGUAUCUGUUUGAUCAUCCUGGCACCGUCUUCUUCAGUGUGUUCAUGUCUUUAUGGGCUGUCACGUUCCUGGAGUACUGGAAACGCAAGAACGCCACUCUCGCUCACCACUGGGACUGCAUGAAUUUCCAUGAAGAGGAGGAACCACCACGUCCUGAGUUUGCUGCAAUGGCCCCUGCGAUGGAGGAAAACCCAGUGACAGGAGUGAAGGAGCCCUACUUCCCAGAGAAAGCCCGGAUUUCUCGCAUGCUGACUGGCUCUAUGGUCAUCGUUAUAAUGCUGUGUGUAGUGAUGAUCUUCUUGGUCACAGUGAUCAUAUACCGCAGUAUAGUGAGCGUAAUGAUGUUUGAAACUGGGAGUUCUGUUCUGCGUACUCAGGCUGGGAAUAUCGCCAAUAUCUCCAGCACUUUGGUGAACUUGGCUUUGAUCUUGCUGAUGGGGCAGGUCUACACAGCCCUGGCAGAACGGCUUACUAAAUGGGAAAUGCACAGGACUCAGACACAAUAUGAAGAUGCCUUUACAUUCAAAGUCUUCAUCUUCCAGUUUGUCAACUUUUACUCAUCGCCCUUCUAUGUGGCCUUCUUCAAGGGCAGAUUUGUAGGCUAUCCUGGUCAUUAUGGCACACUGUUUGGGAUGCGGAAUGAGGAUUGUGGACCAGGGGGCUGUCUGAUCGAAUUGGCUGAGCAGCUCUGCAUCAUCAUGGUGGGAAAACAACUUAUCAACAACGCUCAGGAGUUUAUCAUCCCUAAAAUAAAGGCUUGGAGACAGAAACGGGCCUUAUCAUCCGUGAAGAAGGCCCAGAAAGCAGAGGAGCCUAAGCGAUGGGAGCAGGACUAUGAGUUGAUUCCAUGUGAGGGUCUUUUUGACGAGUAUCUGGAGAUUGUCCUUCAGUUUGGCUUCAUCACCAUUUUUGUGGCGGCCUUUCCUCUGGCUCCUCUCUUCGCCCUGCUGAAUAACUGGGUGGAAGUGAGGCUGGACGCUCAUAAGUUUGUGUGUGAAUACCGGAGACCCGUGGCAGAGCGAGCCCAGAACAUCGGUGUGUGGUUCAUCAUACUGGAGGCGCUGUCCCACGUGUCUGUCAUAGUCAAUGCUUUCCUCAUUGCAUUUACCUCAGAUUUCUUGCCACGUCUGCUGUACCAGUACAAGUUUAACAGUGACCUGCAUGGUUAUGUCAAUUUCACGUUGGCUUACUCUCCACCCAGUUACAACUACUCCAGUCAUACCAUGUGCAGAUAUAAAGCAUUUCGGGAUGAAAAUGGAAAAUACAAGCUGGUGUACUGGGAGCUUCUGGCUGUAAGACUGGGCUUUAUCAUCGCCUUUGAGCAUGCAGUGUUCUUCGUCCUGCGUGCCAUUGACUGGAUGGUUCCAGACAUCCCUGAGUCCUUGGAGCUGAAGAUCAAGCGGGAGCGUUACCUGGCUAAGCAGGCUCUGGCUGAUAACCAGGAGGCCUUGCUGCAAGCGAAGCGCCUAGCUACAUGAGACUGACCUGCAGUGCAGGGGCUUCUCCAGAAGGGGGCGUAGAACACGCUUUACACCCUCAGAACUGAUCCAAGAGGGACUUAGUAUUUGCUGUGUUGAAAACAAUGCACUUGGACUGAAACUCGACUCAAGUUUUGUAGUGGUUGAUUGUAUGGAUGUGUGUGUUUGUGAGCAUGCAUUUCAAAAUGUAGAGGUCUAUGCCAAAGUUGUUCACUAUCACCUCUACUUUAACAAAUGGCUGUUUACAUAUGACUUCCUCUGGCUCCAACUAUACUAAGACAUGUGAUUACCUACACAUCUCAUGCACUCCCGAUAAAUGAUAUAUUCCUAUUUAGAUUUAGUGGGAGGACAGGGAGGUUUGCUUUUCUACAUUAAUACUAAAGUAUAUAUUUGUACUACUGACAAAAUGAAAAUUGUGAAAGAUGGCAAAUGCAUUAGAAGCCUAUUCUACUUUGUGUCUGUGUGAAAUGCUUCUCUGAAUAAUACCUUAAUGUAUUUGCAUUUGUCAUGUCUGUCUCCGGGCUGUUUAAGGAACCAUGUUUUAAAAUAAAGCUUAUUUCAAUAAGUCUUCAAAAAA